AUGGCCCACCCACACCGGGGUUCCAUGGCCAGUGAGCAGAUGGGCUACCCGAUGGUCAUGGGUGCGAACGGAGCGCCUUUAGAGCCUUUGAAGUUUGGGCGCUGUCUGCAUCCUGGACUGGAGAAGCUGGACAUCGAGGUCCAGGAGUACCUUUGGUUGAGCGAGCCGCUGGUGGAGCGUUCGCAGCUGACCAACAUACUGCGCAUGUGGGGGCUGAGCCGACCUAAUCUGGUGAUCGAGCUUGUGGGAGGUUUUUGCCACCCCAAACAUCUGCUGCUGCCCUCUGACAUAGACACGCUGCAGAGAUCGGGAAUCGGCAAGGUGGUGGAAGAUGCGCAGCGUGUGCUGCAGCUGCAGUCAAGUGAGUCAAGCCCAGAUGGGGAAGUCAGUAUGGCGCAGCUACAAAGGAUGGUGGGGAGUAGCCUGUAUGACCGGCUUGUCGAAGCCAUGGUGGCCUUAGUUGAGGCCUGCUCCGCAACGAACUCCUGGCUCAUGAUCGACAUGCCCAACAUCGGGCAGAUGCCCUUUGUGUUGGAGGCGGCCCUCUUCCGCACCAAGAGUCGACCCGUCAUCCUGGUGUUUGUGGAUCCGCAGGUGACUGGCAAGUUCCGCACCGGUGAGCACGAGUACCAGGAGGAGGCUUGGAAGCUCUUGGAAGAAGGAGCCAAAGAGGUCCACUUGGAAGAGACCUUGUUUUCCAAGUUGCAAAAGCAGAUCUUGCCCGAAGAUCUCUUUCCCGCCAACACGCAGUGGUGGCCCGUCACGGACAAGCAGGCGCCGACAGAAGCAGCGGACAGGGACUCACUUUGGCGAUGUCAUUACGGGAGGUGGUUCUUCCGUGCUGCCAGCCACUACAUCUUUUGCCCUUGUGCUGGCAGCUUUUCUUCCAGCGCCGUGUCCUUUCCUAUCGAGUGGCUGGGGCAUUUCGGCACUGUCUUCAGCGGCGGAGCCAUAGGCGACGGCCAUGUCAGCGACAUAAUCUUCGAUUCUUUGGAUAAGGGUAGACCGACCAUUCUCCUCAAGUACACGGGUCAGGCCACGGACAUGUGGAGCCACGCGUUGGAUGCCAUGAUGAACAUCGCUGAGUCUGGCGAGACUGGUCUCGACAUUGGCGCUUCCGGGGUGAUCCAACGGAUGCGCGAGAAGCUGGGGGACUCUGCGCGCGAGCAGCUGACGCAGAAUGCAUGGUCAAGUAGAAGUCUGUUUCCCUUCUUGAGGUCACUCCUGCGUAAGGAUUGGUCUCGCUUAAAGCAGACUUUCGUGGUGGUGGACUGCUUCAAAGAUGCCCCUGAUGCCAUCCUUGACAAGUUGAGCUCCUGCUUUGCGAGCACCUGUGGCAGUGGGCUGCUUCUGGGAGCUGACAACGUCCGAGCUCGAUGUGUGGAUGAAGCGCAAGUGAUGCUAAGCCAGCUUCGCUACAACGCUCGAAGGUUUGCCGCGCUGGCGAACUUUGUGGCGAUUGGCGGAGUAUUCCUGUCAAUGGUCUCCACGCUGAUCGCAGUGACCGGUGCUUGGGUGGAUGCCAACCUAGACGGGAGGAAUAAGUAUCCCAUCUGGGAAUCCUUCGUCCAUGGGGCCUUGGUACUUCUCCCAGCCCUGGGAGGUUUGGCCUUCACGCUGCUCUCGCGCCUCCGAUAUAUGUCCAAGUGGGGUGCGGUGCACUUGGCUGCUGAGCAGGUGGAGUCGGAAGUCUACAAGUUCCGGGUCCAGGCGUCCGAGUACAACUCGCUGGAGGCGCAAAGCCCGGCUGUGCUCGCAUCGAAGAUCUCAGAGAUCUAUGGGAGCAUUGCAAGCGAGUUCCACCAUGACUCCCUUUAUGUGCCACCUAAGGUGGGAGACAUGGGGUUCCUGGUGAGCUGCACCAACCAAUUCUCCUCUGAGCCUGCGCUCCAAGAGACGUCGCUACCAUUGCUGGAAGAUGCGGCGCGUACCCCGCAAAUCGAGUCGAAGUGUGUUCAGAUAGCGACAAGCUGUACUAUUGAGGAGUAUUUUGAACAGAGGUUGGCUGCCAAGUUGCAAUAUUGGCAGGAUCUGGCGCCAAAGUUAUCGCGCCGAGUAACAAUUUACGAGGCUCUCAUCGUCAUGGCAUCUGUGCUUGGAACAGUCUUGGGCGCUCUGGACCAAAAGCUGUGCAUACCGUUCAUGGUUGCAGUGGGCGCGGCUAUGAACAGCCUGAUGCAACACGAAGGAUUGCACGCCCGCCUGGCAGCUGUCAACUCCUCCAUCCAGGACCUCGUGACCAUCCGGCAGAAGUGGUCCGCAUCAGGGGUUGUGGAGCGCCGGACCCCGAGCAUGAAACAGUGGAUCGUCGACUUGACAGAGGGCGCAGUGCUGCGCGAGGCGUACGCGUACACGACGUCAGCUGGACCAGCCGCCAAGACAUUAAGUGCAGAAGGGACCAACCCAGUUGCUAACGAGGUUGAAGGAACGGCAAGCCCAAAGACGGCGAGCCCAAAGACCAAUCCAGCUGGUAAUUCAGUUGCGGGGCCCGACUUUGAUGUUGGGCCUGCUUGUCCAUGA